AUGCCGCAGCAGCAGCGGAAGUACCGGAAGCGAAAGGCGGCGGAGGAGGACGGAGGGGAGGAGGCCGAGGACGCGGCGGCGUUCGCCAGUGAGAGGUUGAAGGAUACCCGAGUGCUGCAGCGACGUCACAAGAGAAAAGCGGGAUUGGAUGCUGAGGCAUUGAACACGGGUGACAAUCCAAAGAGUGCUGAUGAGGAUGAAGCUGGGAACGGACCUUUGGAGGAAGACGUGGCAGAAACUCUGCAGGCCUAUGUGAAGGCAAAGUCUAUGAGGGCAACAGGAGAGAACGAACACAUGGAUCGAUAUGUGGAAACAGCAAUGGCGAAGCACCUUGGCAGGGACCGUGUGAAAGGAAGUGGGGGUGACAGUGAUGAUGAGGGAAUGACUGCGCAGGAGAAACGCGAGGUGGAGCUGUACGAGAUACCCGACAGCCUGAAGGGUAAUGGGAUGCCAAAUGUCGUUAUUCCAGGCCUAAUGACAGGCAUCACCGAGGUCCAGCUUCCCAUGGACGUUAGGCUGCAGAACAUUGAGGAGACAGAGAAUGCCAAGAAGAAGCUGUUGGAGCUGUCGACCAAGGCUGCCUAUAGGAGUGUGCCCGCUGACGACGACCUCCCGCAGUCGUUCAAGGACACAUUCGAGGUCAAGCGCUCGAUGUUCGUGCCCACGUUUGGCCGCCCCAUGGGAGGCAAGGGACCCAGCGACGACCUUGUGUGA